UGGCUGAUCCGGCCCAAACGUUUUGACGUGGCUGAAAAAUUUACUAACUUACCUAUAAAAUCCUGGAGCUGCUUAGGCCAAUAGUAACCAACCAUCAACGGCGUUGUUGAGCAAGUGGAUAGCUGCUGAAAUCCUUUCGUAUGGGGUGUGGAUGAAGGUGGUUUUCUCACCGCGACAUGUCACAGGUGGUUUUCUGUUCCAUUCGACCGUCAAACAAUUGACCAAAGCCAUUGACGGUCAAACAACAGCGUUUGUCCGUUAUGUCCGUGAGAAACGAUUGCUGUAUCUUCAGAAAAGCCGCGUUGGUAUUCGCGGAACUGUAAGGAAUUUCACAGUGGGAUCCAGAGGAAGGAUGGGAACGUUUGAUUUGGCAUCCAACUGGAGGAGAUUCGCUUGAAGUUCCAUAUUUAACUGGAUCAACUUGAUGGUUUUGUGCCGUUCAGAUAAAUGUCAUCUGGCUUCCGUUGACAUUCGAGUGGGUGAGUUAUAUUUCUUGUUUACGUCAGGGGCGAAUGACAGGAGCGUCCGUUAUGGACACCAUCUAAAUCGAGAACAUCUACUUGAUUCUUUAACUUAUCCUGCCAUUUACUCGGUGCUGGUUUACCAUUGCCAUCGAUGUCUGCUUUCACAGACUGCACGUAGUCUUUGAAAUCUUUUCGGGUUGGAAAUGUCCUUUACCCAAGUGAUUGGGCUAUAGAUUGUGAUCGCGGGAUUGAGUUUAGCGGUCUGAUGAAAACGCCAUUUGUUUUCAUAUUGCGAAAGGUUUUUGCCAAAGUUAAGCUUCUCAUCUGCUUGAUACGGUAGUCGGCGUAGUUUUCCUCGUGCAAUUUAGGAUAUAUCUUUAAGUUUUCGUAGUGGGUUUUACAUUGGUGUAGUAUUCUUGGUACCAGAUCUUUGGCGAGGGAAAUCACCAUUGGUUUGUCAGCAGUAUCUCUGAAAAGAAUCGGUGUGGAAGCUGUAAGGCCCAAGCCUUUGUCCAUCACUGCACAUUCGUAAUUGCUUGGCAGUCCCAGGUAACCCUCGUAACGUAUUGCAAUAUCGUAUUCUGCAUCCAAAUCGUCCUGUUAUCUUGGGUUAAUGUUUUGGUUUGACCAUUCCUUCCAUAACUAAUUUCAGCUCGCCGGCGGCACUCUUACGGUGAAUGUUUUUUGUCGGUGCGAUUUCACCGUUUUCCAGGUUUAAAACAUUUCCGUUGGCGUCAAACAUCUGUCAGUCGUCUUUCGGUUCAGUGAUCGUACUUCUGUUGUUCUGUAACAAAGCGGCCAUCUUUCAGAUGGAACUGUGGCUCUGUCGUGAAAAUGAAUCGCGUUUUAGUCCAGCGGGUUGAUGUGGACCUUUUCUCUCGUGCUUAAGCCAACAGCGCUGAAUAGCCGUCGCAUCAUUUGAAGAUGGUGUUCCAACCUUCGAGUGGUGUUCUGGGUUAUUCGAGCCGUGCACCAGCUGGCACUGGAACUUCUUUCAAUUCGUUCAGCUGUAUACGUUCAUCUAUGGGUGUCCUGUUAAUUAUUAUCUAUUGUCUGUCAUUUAUUCUAGAACAGUAACAUGGUUUUAGUUGAUAUCGUCUGCUUUUCAGGAUUAGGAAAUGUGUAAAGCACCGGAGUUGUUCCAGCCCAUUGAUCCGGUUUUCCUGUUGGUUAAAGCUUCAUUCUGUUUUAUUAUUUGAUACUUCGAAGCCUCGAUUUCUGUCACUCAAUUCGAUGUAAAAUGGAUUUUAGUCGGUUUUAGCUUUCUUGUACCGCCCAAAUGUAAAGCCGCAAAUUGGGGAACUGACCCAUCUCUGCCAAACGUCAAUUCAGGUAGUAUUUGAAGUCCUAAAAGUUUAGUUUUCAUCCGUUUCUGAACUUUGCAUGGCCGGAUACUCAAGGUGCGUUUUAAAUGUUUGUCGGCAGGGUGUUUCCGUCCCGCUUUCGACAUGGUUCGGGCUUGCUUGCUUCUCAAGUUUGGCCGUUGAAAAAUUCUUAAGUAAAAAUUGGACAGUUCUCCUCCAUCCUUUAGGAUCAAAAUUUUCGUUCAUCAACCUGUUCAUGAAAUAUGCGGUCAGAAAGUCUAGCAGGUACUUUUCCUAAAAUAUCUAACUGCUUUCGCUACCAAGGGGUGUAAACUAAUCAUCUCGGACUCGCAGCGGUGCCGUAUGUUCCAGUCAGAAUCGACAACUUGUCCAACAUUUCAAAUUUGUUGCCGGAUUGAUGCGCUGUGCUGGCUGUCGUAGCGAUGCCGAAGGCAGUAUAGGCUUCCUAUAGCAGCUGCGGAGAUGUAAGCCGCUGGUGUAGCGCUCGUAACAGUUGCUGGAAAUCUUAUGCCUAUAACAGUUGUGAAGCAACCAGCUGUCCCACCACCGGUGAUGCCCAAACAAGUUGCGCUAUCCCUGAAAUCCAUUUGGUUAGAUUCUAGUUGUUAUUGGUGUUCGCUCGCCGCAGAUGUGCGUCGACUACCGUAGAGGGACUUAUGAAUACUAGUAGGAGAAAGGCGAAUAUUCCCUCCGGAUGUACUACCGAAAUAGCGAUAGGCAACUGGGUCGUUUCCGUAGGCGCGUAUCAGUUGUCCGUACGGAAGGUGGUCGUCUUUUAGGACAAGUCGAAAUGAACCGGAGUGAUUAGACAUGACCAGACCAUACGCUAGGGAAGACGCCGUUACGUAAGAAACCAAGGAGUUCGCGAGGGCCGUAUACGUAAGUAGUGGUCACUGCCAUUGACUCGGCAUCUCUUAGCUCGGGAAGUAACGCCAUGUCUAUGGUCGUGCAACUAACGCUUGUUGCGUUUCGUGCUUCAGACUCUGGAAUAAACCAGUGAUUAUGCCAUGCGUAAGCGUAUAAAGUUUCAUACAAUCCGCUGUUUUCCAGAUUGAAAUCGAUGUGACAUGAUGGCUGUUAGACAAGCUGAGAAGGUUAGUCUUUCGGUAUCGGCAAUGAAUGGUCGGUGGAACUUUUCUUUCUCCAACCUAUGCCGUCUACCGAGUGCAGAAACGUCGUUUAUCACGGCCAUUUCUCUGUCGCGGUAAUAGAUAGUUCGGCUAAUGGAAGUACUGGAGCCAAUUAUCGAGACAGGCAGUUUCGUUUUCCAGAUCGUAGACGGUUGCCUUAAAGUCGUGUGCCAUUGGAGCGAAUCGGAUGUGAUCCACAUCCAGAUCAGCUGGCUGCCCGUCUUCUAACUCGGAUUCAACUUUCAACUUAAUGGCAAAUUGAGAGCCAAUCACCUGUCUUACGCAUAAUCCUGCCCAGCAAGCCUACCACCUCGGUUUCAUUAGCACUGACAAUGGCCUUGAAACAAUUUGUGAUUUGAUGAGUCUCAAUUGUGCUGGCCAAGGAAUGAACUCCAUCAGAUGGUCGGAUCCAGCAAGAAGCAAAUCGCAAGUGGCUGCUACCAGUCAGAGAGAAUCCCCCGUCCACCACGUCGGAUUCCGCGAAUCGCCAGCGGGUUGGUGAACUUGAGUUGUUGACCUCGUACCGUUCAAAUCCGUAAUACGAAACCAUCUGGUCGCGUAUGUCGAAAGACCUUUCCAUUCGAAUCGAGGAGAUAACAUCGUCAAUGUGGCUACUUACGAAAUUCAAGAGUCCUUUUGCAAAAUCCGAGCCCGUUGACAUCAUGUCGGUUCUUUUCAAGUCUUCAAAAAAUAACUACUCAAAUCAACAGACGCUUUAAGUGGUGAUUCAAAUUUAAUAAUGGAUAGCCAUUUGAGUGCCAACUGCGAUUGCUUGGGCAGGUUUUGGGUGAUAAUUCUUGCUCUCCUCGCUACAAAACAAUUGUCUUACGCAAAUCCUAUAGCAGACGGGAUUAGUAAAGUUACUAAUAUGAAAAUGAUGGAGGUCAAUUUCUUAUUUUGAGCAAAUUUUUGAAGAUAUGAAACGUCUAGUGGCAGUGGCAGUAAAUGACGAGUCGAGUGGUUGCGAUGAGUAGGACAACUUCAGCAGAAGAAUUAAUGAAAACACCAAGAAAUAGACGAAGUCUAUUUGAAGAUGAAUUUCCAUUCGAAAUUUCAAAGACUUGUUCUUUGACAGAAAAUGAAUUAAAACAAAUCAAUAAGUUGCUUCAAAGUAUUGGAAAUACCAAGGUAAGUAGCAAGACGUGUGAAAUUGAAGAAAGUGGUCCUUCAAUUAUUAUUACGCGUUCGUCUGAACAUUGCAAUCAGUUGAUUGAAUCUAUAAUUAUGAAUGUGAAUGGGGUUAAAAAUGCUUUUCGGUGUUUGAGUGAAAUGACAGGAGUGGUUAUAGAUACUCGUUAUGAGGAACUUAAAGCAGCUUACGAAACCAAAGUUCUUCACCUGCAGCUACAACUUGCUGGUGUUGAAAAGAAAUUUGAUCAGAAAUUUAAAAAGACGAUUGAUAAAUUACUGAAACGUUAUCAUGAAAUGGAAAAGAAAAUGCGAGAAACUUUGAACGAACUGCAUAAAGAACGUCUCGCUCAUUCAAAUGUCAAUAUCAAACUGAUUGUUAAAUAUUUGGAAAGUGGUCAAAUACAUUCAGCGUGGGAUAUGUUCAACGCAAAAUCAAUGGAAAUGAGCAACAAUAAUACCACUGCGAUGGUGAAACGAAUUAUUGGCAAGGCAUUCAGCGAUAACGUUCAAAUUAAAAACGUCAUCAAGUUUACCGGCGGAUUGAAAAACAAUGUUGACUCCAUGGUACAUGGCAUUAUUAGUGUAUUCAACGAAGCGGAGAUAAGACAAAUCCUUGAUCGGGAUACUGUAAACCUUCUGUUUGUAACAAUCGAAGAAGCCAUUAAAACAUGUAUCGAUUUGGAAGGAACUGAUUCUGAGGAAUCACGGUUAACACUGGACGAACAUACGCUUGAUCAACUAAUUGUCGUUAAUAAUAAAAUGGAAUUUUUGAAAUAUAUUCAUGGCCAGUAAAGAAUACAUGUCUUCAAAUAAUGUAUUUUCUCUAACGCUAGAUGAUAUCUCUAUUAAAUAUUUUACCUCCAAAAUGCAAGGUAAAUACUAUGUGAGCUAACGUGUAGUGGACAAAAAUUGAAUAAUAAUUAUACAUAUAAAAAGAUAAUACAAAGAUUUUUGAAAG